UAUACAAGUUAGAAUUUUUGAAAUCAGAUUAAAAAAAAAAAAGCUUACCUUUUCGACUAGAAAGGACGUAAACUGGGAUCGAAAUAAUCGAAAAUGGUGGUGAAUCAAUACUAGUUAUUGGCCUAUCCCCCCUUGUUUAAAGACUUUUCCUGACUGUCGGCAAUGGCGGGAAAGCAACGUUCAAUUUGGUUUACCACUCAUAUGGCUGCCGCAUCUUACGCCAUAGCCGAGCGGAUUCCUAUGGUCGAUAUCGUCCUUGAAGUCAGAGACGCUAGGGCUCCAAUUUCAUCAUCUAUAUAUGAGUUAUUCAAGAACUUCAUUCACGACUCGAACCAAGAUAAGAACCUUGUUGGUGGCUCACAAAUAAAGGCUCCAUUUUCAUUUAAUUGUAAUCUAUUGAAGAACUUUUCGAAUGAUGCAAACCAUGUUAUAGUCCUGAACAAGAUGGACCUUGCUAGUCGUUCACAAAGAAAGGAAUGGGAAUCUUAUUUUCGCCAAAUGAAUUACAAUUGCUAUGCAGUAAAUGCUCACAAUAAGGAGAACAUUAAAGAGUUCUUAAUCUCUCUGCAAUCUCAAGUUAAAGAAUUGAAGCAGCCUAAACAUUCUAGCCAUACAUUUUCUUUGAUGCUAGUUGGGAUCCCUAAUGUAGGGAAGUCUGCUCUAGCCAAUUCCUUGCAUCACAUCGGUCGAAUUAGUGCAGCUGAAAAAGGAAGAUUGAAACAUGCAACUGUCAGCCCAUUUCCUGUGGAGACUAAAGACAUAAGUGCCUUGAAGAUUGGUAGUCAUCCUAGUAUUUAUGUCUUGGAUACACCUGGAGUUUUGCCGCCUUAUAUUUCUUCGAAUAAUGUAUACAGAAAACUAGCAUUAACAGAUUCCAUUAGAGAUCCUCUGGUUGGGGAACUAGAACUAGCUCAAGUUUUUCUAAGAUUAUUCAAUUUGAGCGACGAAUACAUCAAAUGGGGAAAACAUUCUAGUAUAAUAACAGAUUCAAGAAAUGAAAAGACGAGGAAAGGCCAAUAUUCGACUGAUCAUACACAGGAUUUCAUAGUGGGCGAUGUUCGCAAGACUUUGUACGAUUCACUUGCGAGUUUUGAAGGCGAUUUGGAAGAUGAAAAUUGUAUGGAGAAGCUUAUUGGUGAACAAUUUGAAGCGCUUAAGAAAGCGUUUCGAUUAUGUGAAGAGUCAGAAGAGAUGGUUAAUAAUAAGUUGGCGAGUAAAUUACUUGAUCUUUACCGAAUUGGAAGGCUUGGGCAUUAUACUUUAGACUCUCUGCCUGUUGAUUGAUUUUAACAUGAAUUUUUGGGUGAAACUAGUAGAGAUUCCUGGAUUUUUAACUAGUUCUAUAUGUUACUGAGUAAUAUUUUUAUUUUUGUUAAGAAUUGUUUUAACCAAUUAUAGAGUAAUAGUUAGUGAAUUAUU